AUGGAGGGAAAUGGGACAAAAAGUCCGCCUUCAGAAGCUGGCAAUGGUAGUCUUGUGUUUGCAGUGAAUGGAGAGAAGUUUGAGCUGGCAACUAUUGACCCUUCAACUACUUUGCUUCAGUUCUUGCGUUAUCAUACUCGUUUCAAGAGUGUCAAGCUUGGUUGUGGUGAAGGUGGUUGUGGUGCUUGUGUUGUUAUGCUGUCUAAAUAUAACCCUGAGCUUGAUCAAGUUGAAGAUUUUUCUGUGAGUUCGUGUCUAACACUUCUUUGCAGUGUAAAUGGUUGCUCAAUUACUACCAGCGAAGGACUUGGAAACAGUAAAGAUGGUUUCCAUCCUAUUCAUCAAAGAUUUGCUGGAUUCCAUGCUUCUCAGUGUGGAUAUUGCACCCCUGGAAUGUGCAUGUCAUUUUUUUCAGCACUCGCAAAAGCUGAAAAAACAAAUAGGCCAGAACCAUCACCAGGAUUUUCCAAGCUGACUGUUUCUGAAGCUGAAAAGGCUAUAGCAGGAAACCUGUGUCGCUGUACUGGAUAUAGACCCAUUGCUGAUGCCUGCAAAAGUUUUGCUGCUGAUGUUGAUUUGGAGGAUUUGGGACUGAACUCCUUUUGGAGAAAAGGAGAGCCAAAGGAGGUUAAGUUUAGUAGAUUGCCUUUGUAUACUCCCGAUGGUAGGUUCAGUAGAUUUCCAGAAUUUUUGAAAGGUAGGUCCAAGUCACCAAAGAGCUUGCAUUUAGAAAACAGUUCCUGGUACACUCCUACUACUCUUGAGGAGCUUAGAAGCUUGUUGAACUUCAACUUGAUUGAGAAUGAUAAGCUUAGGCUAGUAGUUGGUAACACUGGGAUGGGUUAUUACAAAGAACUAGAUAAUUACGACAGAUACAUUGAUUUGAGAUAUUUGUCUGAGCUUCAAACGAUUAGAAGAAAUCACCAUGGAAUCGAAAUUGGGGCUGCAGUGACAAUCUCUAAAGUUAUUGCAUGUUUGAAGGAUGCUGAUACCAUAAAUUAUUCCUCCGAUGGCAAGCAGGUCUUUGAAAAGAUUGCUAACCAUAUGGAGAAAAUUGCUUCAGGGUUCAUUAGAAACUCAGCAAGUAUUGGUGGAAAUUUGGUAAUGGCACAAAGAAAAAGUUUUCCUUCAGAUAUAGCUACUAUACUUCUUGCUGUAGGUUCUAUUGUUAGUAUAACAACCGGUCACAAGCAUGAAAGUAUCACAUUAGAGGAAUUUUUGGUAAGACCACCCAUGGAUUCAAGAAGUGUGCUACUCAGUGUCCAGAUUCCGCAUUUGGAGCCAAAAGGAAAUGGUAACAACAGUGGAUCCAAUUCCAAAUUGGUUUUUGAGACCUAUCGUGCUGCACCACGACCACUGGGAAAUGCUUUGCCUUAUUUGAAUGCAGCAUUCCUAGCUGAUGUGUCUCAUCAAGUAAGUGGAGUUCUAGUAAAUAAUAUCCAAUUGGUUUUUGGUGCUUAUGGGACUAAACAUGCAACAAGAGCAAGAAAGGUUGAGGAGUACCUUUCAGGGAGGAUGCUAAGUGCUAGUGUUCUAUAUGAAGCAGUAAAGUUAGUUAAAGUGGAUGUAAUGCCUGCAGUUGGCACUUCACAUGCUGCUUACAGGACGAGCUUGGCAAUUGGUUUUCUUUUCCAGUUUCUUUCUCCAUUUUUGAGAGUUGGUUCUGUGGCUUGUGGUGGUCUAUCCAAUGGCUUGACUGGUGAUUUGCUGAAGGAUUCUUUGGAAAACCAUAGAGAUACUUCUCUAUGUCAAUGGGAAUAUUCAAAAUUGUUGUCAUCAGCAAAGCAGGAGUUGAAAUCAAGUAAAGAGUACUAUCCAGUUGGAGAACCAAUUACUAAGUCUGGUGCUGCCAUCCAAGCUUCAGGAGAAGCGGUGUAUGUUGAUGACAUUCCAUCACCUCCAAACUGUCUCCAUGGAGCCUUUAUCUAUAGUACAAAACCUUUAGCAAGGGUAAAAGGUGUGGACUUGGAAUCAAAUAAUCAACUAAGUGGAGUUGCUGCUCUUAUAUCUUAUAAAGAUAUUCCAGAACAAGGGGAAAAUGUAGGAUCUAAGGCUAUGUUUGGUUCUGAACCUUUAUUUGCUGAUGACCUCACCAGGUGUGCAGGACAGCAAAUAGCAUUCGUGGUAGCAAACACACAAAAGUUUGCUGAUAUUGCAGCAAACUCAGCUCUGGUCAAGUAUGACACUGCAAAUCUGGAUCCACCAAUUUUAACCGUUGAAGAAGCUGUUGAGAGGUCAAGCUUUUUUCAGGUCCCUCCUUUCUUGUACCCAAAACAGGUUGGUGAUUUCUCAAAAGGAAUGGCUGAAGCUGAUCACAAAAUUCUUUCUGCUGAGAUCAAACUUCCUUCACAGUACUACUUUUAUAUGGAGACACAAACUGCCCUUGCUGUCCCGGAUGAAGACAAUUGCAUGGUGGUUUAUAGCUCAAUUCAAUGUCCAGAGCUCACUCACAGUGUAAUCGCAACAUGUCUUGGAGUUCCCGAGCAUAAUAUUCGUGUAAUUACAAGAAGAGUUGGUGGAGGCUUUGGAGGCAAGGCAAUUAAAGCAAUGCCUGUUGCUACAGCAUGUGCACUUGCAGCACAUAAAUUACGCCGCCCUGUCAGGACAUAUCUCAAUCGCAAGACUGACACUAUAUUGAGUGGAGGAAGACAUCCAAUGAAAAUAACUUACAGUGUCGGAUUCAAAUCAAAUGGAAAGGUCACAGCCUUGCACCUUGACAUAUUAAUCAAUUCAGGGAUAUCUACAGAUAUAAGCCCCCUCAUGCCAGCAAUGAUAAUUGGAGCCCUUAAAAAGUAUAAUUGGGGUGCUCUGUCAUUUGACAUAAAAGUUUGCAAGACAAAUCAUUCUAGCAAAUCUGCAAUGAGAGCUCCUGGGGACGCUCAAGGAUCUUUUAUUGCUGAAGCUGUUAUAGAACAUGUAGCAUCCAUACUUUCCAUGGAGGUAGACUCUGUUAGGAACUUGAAUCUUCAUACAUUUCAAAGCCUUAAUGUGUUCUAUGGGGAGUCUGCAGGUGAAGCACUAGAAUAUACGUUGACCGACAUGUGGGAAAAAUUGGGUGCAUCUUCAUGCUUACUCCAGAGAAAGGAAAUGAUAGAGCAGUUUAAUCAGAUCAACAGAUGGAAAAAAAGAGGUAUUUCGCGGGUUCCAAUUAUAUAUGAAGUAACUCUAAGACCAACCCCUGGAAAAGUUAGCAUACUCUCGGAUGGAUCCAUUGUUGUAGAAGUAGGAGGAAUAGAAAUAGGCCAGGGGCUCUGGACUAAGGUAAAACAGAUGACUGCAUUUGCUCUCAGUUCAAUUGGAUGUAGUGGGACUGAGAACCUGGUGGAAAAAGUACGAGUUGUACAAGCAGAUACCUUAAGCUUGGUGCAAGGGGGUUUCACUGCUGGAAGCACAACAUCUGAAUCAAGCUGUGAAGCAGUCAGAUUAUGCUGCAAUGUCUUAGUUGAAAGACUAGCCCCACUCAAAAGUAAGUUGGAGGAACAAAUGGGUCCUGUUAAUUGGGAUGUCCUGAUACUUCAGGCACAUUAUCAAUCUGUGAACUUGGCUGCAAAUUCUUACUAUGUGCCUGAUUCCAGUUUCAUGCGUUACCUGAACUAUGGUGUUGCUGUUAGCGAGGUAGAGAUAAAUAUACUGACAGGAGAAGCUAAAAUUGUGCAAGCAGACAUUCUCUAUGAUUCUGGACAAAGCAUGAACCCUGCAGUGGAUUUGGGACAGAUCGAAGGAGCUUUUGUUCAAGGAAUUGGAUUCUUUAUGCACGAAGAAUACCUUAUCAAUGAAGAUGGAUUGACAAUUUCAGAUGGCACAUGGACGUACAAAAUCCCAACUAUUGAUACCAUACCGAUGCAGUUGAAUGUCGAAGUGCUAAAUAGUGGACAUCACCAAAAGCACAUUCUAUCAUCUAAAGCCUCUGGAGAACCACCAUUGCUUCUGGCGGCCUCAGUACAUUGUGCAACUAGGGAGGCAAUUAGAGAAGCCUGGAAACAGCUAAGUAGUUGGAACAUACUUGAUGGACCUGAUCCAGCAUUCCAGUUGGAUGUCCCAGCUACUAUGCCUGUUGUGAAGAAAGCCUGUGGCUUGGAUAAUGUGGAAAGGUACUUGGAAUGGAAAAACCAAGAGAAAAAAAAUGAAAAAAACUUAUGGGCUCAUCAUAAUCCCAUAUAA